GGUUACUGGGGGCUUUGCUAAAGGAGUCAUUGGCGAUCCACAGCGUGUGUGAAUGAAGGUGCUGGAGGGAUGGCCUGUGAAAUCAAUAAUCAGGGUCCUGGGGGGUGAUGGGCACGUGGGGUAAGUAAUAGCGGGGUAUAUGGGGCUCAGUGGGUGUGUUGUCUGGAGUUUGUGAGGGGCCUGUUGUGUUCACUGAUCUAGGGGCUGGAGGAUUCUCAGGUGGUCAUUGUGGGUGAUUGGGGGCCUUGUGGGUCCUGAGGGUUGGUACCUGGGGUGGGGUUUGGUCAUUCGAGGUCUGUGGGGGUUUCUGUGUGUUGAGGCCGUCUUUGGGGCCAGUGUUGGUGACUGCGGGGCCUGUGAGGGUGGUGUUUGUGGGUCUGGGCGGGUGUGAUGGGUGUUGGUCAUGCGUUGGCUCAGGCAGGACUCUCACACAGUGACUUCUGUCAAAUAACCACAUUCUCUUGUUUCUUGGGCCACUCUCACCCAGCAGGUGCUUCAUUGGUCAGUGACACCUCCUUUUGCUUGACUGUUUCUUUGUUUAGAGGUUCUCAGUGGCCUGUUGGCUGUAAGGUCCUCCCCCUUGCUAAACCUCGUUGCCCUCCUCUCUCCCUGCACCACCGGCCGCUCUCUCCAGCUCCAGCCAGUUGUGUCUGAUGCUCCUUGGUGGGCAUGGUCUUCCCGCAGUGCCACAGUGGGCUCCUCCUCAUCAGGGCUCAGUUAAAGUCAUCUCCAAGAGGCCUUCUCUCGCUGUGCUGAAGGGGUAUCCUUCGUCCACGCCUUCCUCUGUCACAUUGAAAAUUUCUUCUGAGCACUCUCACAGUCUGAAAUUAUUUUAUUUACUUGUUUAUCUGUUUGCCAUCCUAGAAGGUAUUUCCUAGAGGGCAGAGACCCUGUCUUUCGUGUUUGAUGGUUCCUCCCAUGUGCCCAGAACAGGGCCUGUGGUAAGAGGCUUUCAGCAAAUUGCUGCUUUCCAGCCAAUAAAUGAGAUGGUGAGUGUGUGUGUGUUUUAUUUGUGAGUGUGUGAAUGUAUAUGUGUGUAUGUGUAUUUAUGUGUGUAUGUAUGUGUGUGUUUUUUUUGGGCAAAAUUAUGCUCAGAGACUGAAACUGUCUUUGCCAUAGUUCAUUUAACACAAGUUCACUGUGGGAUUUAUAGUAAUUUCACAAGCCGAUAGCAUACGAGGUAAUGUCUCUCAGUAAGCCAAUAAAGAAAUAACAACAUAAUCCAAACCAGUGAUAGGUUAAUCACAUUGUUGUUCCAGGCAAGGGGAGAUGAAAGGAAUAAAGUCCAAAUUUAGUUCAAGGAGGCACUUGGGAGCGUUGGCUUGACCACCAGAGCGCUGAUGUCCAGCUGCCAGCACAAAACGGAUGUGAAAAGUCCCCGUUGCUAGAGCAUGUUGUUAGGGAACAAUGGCGCCAGUGUUGGUGGGCAGGCUGCUCUCCUUCAUGGGGCCCCUGUGAGGUUUGUCACCGCUACCAAUGAGGGAGUCGCCCCUACCACAGGAGCUAAUGCCCCAAGGUCUUCGGAGAGUUUGUUUAGCUCAGCAGCGAGUGCCUGGCCCAGACCGAAACUCUCCAAUAAUCUCAGUAACUCUCAGUGUCUGUAGUCUGGAUGUCCCCUUGUCAUAGUUGCUUCUCCAUGUGUUCCUACUGACCAGCCCCAGUGGGGCCCCUCAGCAGCUGGGCUGCUGAGUUCUCAUCAACAACAACAGAUGAGAUGAUGACAUCCUGAUACAACUUACUUCGUUCUUACAUCAAAACAACUUUUUUUUUGUCUUUGUCAUAAAUGAGUGGAUAAAAACAACUGAAGUCAUAAACAAGUGGAUUUGAAGUCAUAUUAAACCAGUACACAACGGUGUGAGUGUGUGAAUGUAUACAUGUGUGUGUGUGAGACUUGAUGUGAAUGUGAGAGCAGAGUUCGGGAGUGUGUUGGGAUCCUGAAGGAGGAAGCCAGGGCGACUGCUGUGGAUGUUGCGACGGUUUGCACAUUCCCUUUUCCAGAGGAGACAGCUGGAGAAGAUCUCCUUUGCAUCAACCCGGAAGGGGUCCAAACUAAACAGAAGCAUCCAGGGCCAGUGGGCCUUGAUCUCAGGGACCCCAGGGUUGGAGAGCGAUGACUCUGGGGUCUCUUUUCAAGCAGGGUCCUCUCAGGGCUUCCUAGACUCUGAGACCCCUUCCUGUGCCCAGGAGCCUGGAAGAGCUCCCCGGGCAUCUCAGGAAGAGGUGCUUUUCCUUGGGAUGUUGCUUUCUGUUCUCCCAGGACGUUUUUUCUUGAGAGAUCUGCCCUCAAGCCCUGCACUCAGGGGAGCAGAAUUUGUCACCCCAAAAUAUGUUUCUUUGGCAUAAGGAUUAUUUUAGGCUGGUUAUUUUAAGAAACAGCAGACAUGGGAGGAGCUCUGAAAACUGAAUAGAAGUUACCCUUGUGUAAGAGAUAUUGACAUUUAUAGGGGAACUCUUCCCGUGUAAGGAUGUCUCCCUCUCAGUACCUGGAAGAGGGGCUGACUCAGUCUCUAGAGACGCUUAUCAACAGAGAAGGCAGAGUCUUUUUUUUUGUGUGUGUGUGAGGAAGAUCAGCCCUGAGCUAACAUCUGUUGCCAGUCCUCCUCUUUUUGCUGAGGAAGACUGGCCUUGGGAUAACAUCUGUGCCCAUCUUCCUCCACUUUAUAUGGGACACCGCCACAGCAUGGCCUGACAAGCAGUGCAUCAGUGCGCACCUGGGAUCUGAACCCAGCCAGUAGCGGAGCGUGUGCACUUAACUGCUAUGCCACAGGGCCGGCCCCGAAGGCAGAGUCUUAAGUCUGCAUAACAACCAUAGCCUUGUUUACUGUGCUUUGCCUGAAAACCUCCUGUAACUGACUCCUCGCACCCUCAACAUCUUUGUCUUUAGCUGAAGAUGGUAUUUAAGGUGGUGGUUUUGGCUGUUUCUGGGAGUGACUCAGUUUUCUUGGGCCUCUCCCAUGUAUAUGGGAGGUAUGCAUAUUAUUAAAUUUCUGUUUGUUUUUCUCUUGUUAGCUUGUCUCAUGUCAAUUUAAUUCUUAGACCAGCCAGAAGAGCCUAGAAGGGUAGAAGAGAAAUUUUUCCUCCCCAGCAACUCUUCACACUGGACUAAAAAGAGUCCACUUUCACUUGGGGAAUCUGACGUUUAUGUCUGCACCCCUAAGUAGCAGAACUGUGUCACUUGUCUCCCUUCCCACUCCUAGGAAUUAUUCCUGCCCUGGAUGCCCUUGCUUUGCCCUCUACCACUAUUUUGUGUCAAAAUUCAAAAUCCAGCCUAUCUUUCAAGACUGUGGGUUUCUUUUUUUUUUUUUGCUAAGGAAGAUUCACCCUGAGGUAACAUCUGCUGCCAAUCUUUCUCUUUUUUUUUUGCUUGCGGAAGAUUAGUCCUGAGCUAAUGUCUGUGCCAGUCUUCCUCUAUUUUGUAUGUGGGUUGCCACCACAGCAUGGCUGACGAGUGGUGUAGGUCUGCGCCCAGGAUCUGAACUCACAAACCCAGGCCGCCAAAGCAGAACAUGCCAAACUUAACCACCAGGCCACAGGGCCAGCCCCCAGACUUGGUUCUUGACUGCCCCACAAGAUCCUCAUUACCUUGUUGAUAUUGUGACCAGUCUCCCCUCCCUGGCCUGAGUCUUCUCUCACUUCACAUUUUUUUGUUUUUUGGUAGGGAAGGAUUCGCCCUGAGCUAACAUCUGUUGCCAGUCUUCCUCUUUUUUCCUUUUUUUUUUUUCCUCCCCAAAGCCCCAGUGCAUAGUUGUAUAUUCUAGUUGUAAGUCCUUCUAGUUCUUCUAUGUGAGCCGCCGCCAGUGGGAAACAAACCCUGGCCGCCGAAGCGAAGCAUGCCGAACCUUAACCACUAGGCCUUCCAGGCUGGCUCUCUCUCGAUUCUUUUUAUGACAGAGAGGGAGACAGUUAAGGCCCUCAGGAGUUGAUGGCAGGAGCUGACCACAUGGUCAGGUCAAGGCUAAGCAGUGUUCAGGUGUUUCCUUCCUGCUUCCUGCUUGCCGUCUGCACAAGGCAUGGGCUUUGCUGACUGAGCAGUGCAGGGCUGCUGAGCGUGUGCUAAUGAGAGCAGGCUUGUGUGGUCUGUUUUCAGACUGGACCCAACUCUGGGGUGGGUAGUAACUGCCUUCAAGGAGCUGCUGUCCUGGCUGCACUCUUAUUAGCUGCCCUGGGGCAGAACCUGGCAGUUUGCUGACACCCAGGUAUAGCUGUGUUCCCUCAUUUGUGGGAGAUGACUGGAGACUUCCAUCUGUCUUUCUCUGUAUCCAGCGGGACAUUGAAGGCACCGCACUCUCCCCCGUUGUUUGAUAGAACAGAGCCUCCAAACAGAGAGCUCUUGCUCUAAGUCUUCACAGGUAUCACAUUCUCUCCUUGCUCACUUUAUGUUCUGGAAUGGUGCCCACUGACCUGUCCACCAUUUUUGGUCUUCCUAAUAGCCUAUCAGCAUGUGGAGACAGCCCGGAGCACCAGGAACUUAGGAGGUGCUCAGCAACCGUGCCCGGACCACAGGGGGAGACCACAAGCAACAGACAAAUCUCGAUUGGCGGGGUUGCUAUGAAAGGUGGAAUUUGUCCCUCCGGUCCCCAUGUUUACUGGGUACUGUGUUUUUUAGACAUUUCUUUUCAGGUGUAUUCUUAUGAAGGAAAUAACACCCCGGUGUGACCCCGUGCCUGUGAAGUCCUUUGCUCUGAUUCCAUAUCCAACUGAAUGCUGUGGCUCUCGGGAACAAGAUAACUCGUGGGAGAUAAGGAAGAAGAGGCCUCAGGACUGGGGGUGCCUUCUCAGUUUAAAGAGCGUUGGCCAGAGGCCUUUGUCCAGAGCCUCAGGACAGAGGGAAGUCACAGAACAGAUUUCCCAAGAGCAGCAGAAAAUGAUCACCUCACAGAUAUCGUUUGAGGACGUGGCUGUGGACUUCACGUUGGAGGAGUGGCAGCUACUAGACCCUGCUCAAAAGAACCUGUACAGAGACGUGAUGCGGGAGAACUACCGCAACCUGGUGUUCUUGGGUUAUCAAAUUUUCAAACCUGAUGCAGUUUUGAAGCUGGAGCAAAAAGGGCCAUGGAUAAUGGGUGAAGAAACCCUAAGUCAGAACUUUCCAGGAAUGAGACUCCAUAAAUGUGGCACAGGUGAAAAAAGUUUGAAACAUCCUUUUGAUUUUCUUAUUCCAAAAAAUAACUGUGGAAGAAAGAAACGUGAUGAGCUCAAUAAGAAAUUAUUAGUCUAUAUCAAACCAGAUAGACCCCACAGUGGAAUAAAAUACUGUGAUUACAACAAAUGUAGAAAAGCCAGCAGUAAGGAGUCGUGGCUCAUUACAAACCAGAUAACACAAACAGGAGUCUGUUUAUGCAUGGAAUGUGGCAAAGUUUUUAACAAGAAGUCACAGCUCAUUAUACAUCAGAGAACUCACACGGGGGAGAAGCCCUAUGGAUGCAGUGAAUGUGGGAAAGCCUUCUCCCAGAAGUCCUUGCUCACUAUUCACCAAAGGACUCAUUCAGGAGAAAAGCCAUAUGGGUGUGGUGAGUGUCAAAAAGCUUUCAGUAGGAAGUCACUGCUCAUUUUACAUCAGAGAAUUCACACAGGAGAGAAGCCCUACGGAUGCAGCGAAUGUGAGAAAGCCUUCAGCAGGAAGUCACAGCUUAAAAGACACCAGAUAACUCACACGAUAGAGAAACCCUAUGGCUGCAGUGACUGCGGGAAAGCUUUCUCUCAGAAAUUAAAGCUCAUUACACAUCAGAGAAUGCACACAGGAGAGAAACCCUAUGAAUGUGGUGAUUGUGGAAAAGCCUUCUUCUGGAAGUCGCAGCUUGUCACUCAUCAGAGGACUCACACGGGGAAGAAACCUUAUGCGUGUAGUGAGUGUAAAAAAGCCUUCAGCAGGAACUCACUCCUCAUUAGGCAUCAGAGGAUUCACACAGGAGAGAAACCCUAUGAAUGCAAUGAGUGUGGUGAAGCCUUCAUCAGAAAACCACAACUUAUUAAACAUCAAAUAACUCAUACAGGAGAGAAGAACUAUCAAUGCAGUGAUUGUGAAGAAGCCUUCUUUAAGAAGUCGGAGCUAAUUAGACAUCAGAAAAUCCAUUUAGGAGAGAAACCCUAUGGAUGUGUUGAAUGUGGGAAAACCUUCUUUGGGAAGUCACAGCUCCUAACACAUCAAAGAACUCACACUGGAGAGAAACCUUAUGAAUGCAGUGAAUGUGGGAAAGCCUUCACCCAGAAGUCAAGCCUGAUAUCCCAUCAGAGGACACACACAGGGGAGAAACCCUAUGAAUGCAGUGAAUGUGGGAAGACCUUCAGUGAGAAGUCAAGCCUCAUUCAUCAUCAGAGAACCCAUACUGGAGAAAAACCCUUUGAAUGUAGUGAAUGUAGGAAAGCUUUUGCCUGGAAGCCACAGCUUCUUAGGCAUCAGAGAAUUCAUACAGGGGAGAAGCCCUAUGAAUGCAGUGAGUGUGGGAAAGCCUUUGUUCAGAAAGUGCAGCUCAUUAAGCAUCAGAGGAAUCAUACAGGAGAGAAAACCUACGGAUGCAGUGAUUGUGCCAAAGCUUUCUUUGAGAAGGCACAGCUCAUUAUACAUCAGAGGAUUCACACGGGAGAGAGACCCUAUAAAUGUGGGGAAUGUGGGAAGUCUUUCACUAGAAAGUCACACCUUAUGAGGCAUCAGAGAAUCCACACAGGAGAUAAAUACUAUGGAUGCCCUGAAUGUGGGACCACGUUUAACAGGAAGUCACAGCUUGCGAUCCAUCAGAGAAAUCACGCAGUGUAGAAGCCAUGCAAGUGCAGCAGGUAUGGGAAGCCUGCUGUCAGCUGCCAUGCCUUCCUGCCCUGACACACAGGAGAGAAACCCUGUGCAGUGACUGUUGAAAAAAUUGUCAUUGUGGAGGCAAGUUUCCCUAGACAGAAUUCAGAAAGGAAAGAGCUUUUUAAAAAGUAGACCGUAUAGGAAAGCUUUCUCCCAGAAGACGCAACUUAUGACACGUGGAUGACUCAUCAAUAUGGAAGUCUUAUCAAUAUUGUAGUAGCACAGAACCUUUUAGUAAAAAGUGACAGUUCAUUAAAUAUUUAGAAGACCUAAGCAGAGGAAAACUGUUCUCAUAAUGUGAUGAAAGAUUUCAUAGAGAAAGGAUGACAGUGUACUAGAGAGUAUGUACACAAAGAAAACAUGAAUGCUGUAUAUUAGAGAUUUCACUGAGGAGUACUAGUAAUUUCAAGAAUUUCAUAAGCAUGAUCCUAUACAUUUAUAAAGAAAUUGUGUUCAUUGUAUAUAAAUUUUUAUAAAGGUUUUUAAAUGGUAGAUGUGUUUUAAAUGUGAAGACUUCUGCUUUCUGCCGUGGUGGUAUAAAAAGGACCAGAUUAACUCUCCUGCCUUAAUCAGCUAGAAACUACAAUAUAUAUGAAAUAAUGGUUUUUAGACAGAUAACAAGCACAGGUUUUGAUCCCUGGAAGAAGGUGGAUAGAGUGAGUUGAGCCCUACGAUUGUC